ACUUAUUGCACCAGUUCAGCAGUGCAGCUGAAAAGAACAGACCAUAUUUCAGUGUAGACUUCGUGCACUAAUGCAAAAAGUGUACUUGAAGAAACAGUUUUAUGGAUUGUGUUGAAUUGUCGCUAUAUUAAACAAUACAGAAAAGAAGAGUUGCUACUUUACCAUAUAAAUUAACCAAAAAUAAAUAACAUAAAGGAUAGAAGAGUUAAAAGCUAAAACAAUUAUCAAUGAAGACUGCUCCACAUCAAAGGUUAGUCAUGGUGGGUGAUCGCGACGGAUUAAAAGAAUUGCUGAGACGUAGACUGGUUGAAUGUGGAUGGCGUGAUCAAGUAAAGCUGAUAUCAAAGGAGCUAAUAAAGGAACAUGGUCAUGAUAUUACUUACGACAUAUUACUAUCUACUGUGACAACCAAGGCUCGCACACUUGUGCCAGAUUCAGUUAAGAAGGAACUGUUGCAAAAAAUCAGAAAUCAAUUGAUAGCUCAGGAGGAGAAACUAAAGAUUGCAUCGGAUCGUUAAAAUUGAGUUUUACAAUGUUAAUUACUCUUCUUUAUAUAUAAGUAUUUGUAUGUUAGAAUAAUCUUUUAUAAAUUAUAUAAUUACGAUAAUAAUUAUAUAAGUUUUUCAUGAAACAUUACAAUACUUGAUGUAAAUAUUAUAUUAAGUCAUAUACGAUGAUCAUUGCAGCUAAUUAUAUAAGUAACUUUCUAUAUAGCUUUCUAUAUAGAAUGUGAUAAUAAUAGAUGAUCCAAAUAUAUUUUUAAGAAAAAAUAUGUAUAAAAUAUAGUAAUUAUACAAAUUAAAUAUAUUACAAAUUAAA